AUGUUUGCUAUUAAUAUUACUGUAGCAAGAAGUACAAGUAAAAUUCCUUCUGAAGUAGUACUUGGUGAAUAUCCAUGUGCUAAAGAUUCUGUUUUUUUUUGGACAUAUAUUCUUAAUCAUCAACAACUAGGUGAUGUGAAUUCGAUGAUUAUAGAAGAAGAUUUAUCUGAUGAUACUGGGAGUAUAGUUAAAGAUGUCGAUGAUGUUGAGUCUCAAUCAGCUUCUGGUCAAAUCGAUAAUGAUAAAAAAACAGUCAAACAUAAUUGA